AUGGCAGAUUGGGUCCAUUGCAAUAGCUGCUAUGUUCGACCUGGAGGAGGAAAAUUAUUUUCCCUCACGAACUGUGGUCACAUAUACUGUGCAGAUUGCCUACAAGGUGAAUUAAGUAGAAAAAAAUUGUACUUAGAGAUCUAAGCUUUAAUAUAGCGUGAAUUAACUUUAUUGUUUACGCAUUUUCAUCGGUUUGCAUUGUCUACAGCAAACCCUGAUCAGUGCACAAUAUGCAGGAGGGCAUGCAAUUCAAUCGUUUUAUCAUCGCAGGUAAGCUUAAUCAAGCAUUCAAUAACAACUUGGUUUAAAGUUAUUUCUGAAGUGGUAGUAAAGGAUAUUAGCGGAAAACAGAAGAUAGUUAUGAUAACCCUGAGUGCUUAUUUUUAUUAUAAUUAAUUUUUCUUUCACUUUAGAUGAAACCUGAAGUUGAAAUGUACUUUACCAAUCCUAUCGAUUUAUCCAAGAAAUACUACACGCAGUUGUCUCAGGUAAAACAUUCCCAAACUGAUAAUGGAAUAAAAUACAUUAUUUCCCCCAGUUUUACGAUAUCUAUAUUAUGUAAGGGGAAAAUAAAUAUAGACAACUUUAAUUAUUCGAAGCCCUUGCACAAGUUAAACCGACCCAGACAAGAGACUUCUUAAAACGGUCAAUUUUUUUAAAUUUGUAUUUCACUUAAGUAUUUGUAUCAUGUUGCCAAUUUGAACAAAACCACUAGGGUACUAUACUCUGAUUUCAACAUGAAAAGGCCAUGUAUUGGUAGCUGUCAAACAAGGGGAUGCCUUCCUCGAGUCUAAAAAGUAGAAGGCUACCCUUGAAAACUGGUGGAAUUUUCUUGUCAUUUUAUACCAGGUGCUGGAAUUUCAGAAAAGCCACAGAGAACGACUAGCAGCAAAUAUCGAGAAAAAGGUACGAUCUAUAUGUACGUCCGUAGAAAAAAAGAUGAUUGAUCCUUUUCCUCUGUAUAUGUUUUAUAGCUGCGAGGAUCCUGCGAGAGCGGCCAGUUUUCUGCCGUUUGACUCAUGCCUCUUUUUACGAGCACGCGAAAGCUACUUGAAGCUCAACGUUCUAUGUAGCUCUUGUGCAAAUGUUUCAAAUCAUAUUUGAGUGAGCUUGAGUGUGACAGCACGGAAGACAUUUUGCAGGAAACACAAGACAGUGCGCAAACUGUCAAAAUCGCACAAUGCACGGAGGGCAGCUUGGCUAACCUAAGAGGCAGCUGAAGGAAAAAUACCAUCUUUUGCGCAGCUGAGGAUUGUGUUACAAAGGACACAUUGGGAUUUUUCAUACUCGAUUGGGAUUGCACUACAUUUUCUCUAGCAUACCCGAUUUUAUCUUCAAGGUUCUAGCAGCGGAGAGGCUCCAGCGACACAUGUCCAGACUACAGGAACUUGAACGGUAUUUAAAGUUCUAUAUGUUCCAACUAAAUAAAUCUUUAACAGAGGUUGGAAAUACUGCUUUUUAACCAGAGGUACGAAUAAACUUUGCGGCGAAUGCAAAAAAUUUGACUUUUAAAUGAUGUUGAUGGGAGCUUGAAUAGCAUUCAAAUAUCAAAACUUAUAAGCUCUGCUAAUAUGUUCAUUUGAACUAAACUAAACAAUUCUCUGACACAGCAACUAGGUUCCCAGCAGCUUAGGGGAAUUAUUGCGUUCAUAGUUCUACAAUGACCUUGAGAAGUUCUACCGAGCUGACUAUUCAUUCAGAUAGUCCAGUUCCAGUCUGUACCGAAGAGGACUGACUGUCGAGUUUGCCUUUCUUGUGUAGUAUUAACGGUCUCUUUGUCUUGCAUAGGGAAGUUGCCGUUCUUCAAGAGGAGAAUGUUCACCUCAAGAGACUGCUUGCCAAUAAUUCUAGUAGACCUGGAACACCGCACAGUUAUAGGAAUUCACCAGGGACAACACCAAGAAGGGGUACAUAACUGACCUGUAUUUCCCAUUUGAAAUAAAAGCUUUUUUUUAAAAUUUUUUCGAAGGGGGGAAACAGCGUAAAUAAUCACUUAUUGUUCGCCUUACAAAGAUCUGUCUCUAUUUACCUAUUUUAAUCACUGAUACACCCAGUUCAUAUUAUUUUAACUGAACCACAAAGCAUGUAGCUUCAUGCGAUUGAAUUUCGUUUGAAGAGUUAUACUUGAAGUUAAUCCCCUCUUUUCUAAUCGUAUAUAAAAGGCCAUACACCAUCUCCGACUUGCAGUCAGUACUCGUCCUCACCUUACGGAAGGACCACACCUAACAGGUAAAUUUGGUCUUUUUAGUUCUUUUUCUUCGCGUGUAACUUAUUUGUGAGGGUCAAUCUAAUUCAUCUACGAGCCAAACUAGCCUUUAGCUAGGUUAUUCGGCGCGAAAGAUGAUCUUGUGCUCUUUUCUCUUUCUUUUAUUCGAUUUUUGAGCGUCAACCUCCAGCACGGCUUUUGGAGUUCAACUUGAGGGCAUGUAUAAUUUCCGCUGUUUCCUUAUAAUAAAGCAGGUAGAUUCUUAUCCGUGAGGCUCGCUAGAAAUAAUCUUUCUCUGCUGAGACAUGGGGGUCAUAGGGGCUUCGCAAUCGAUUGAUUUAGGACAAAACGUUCCAUGAAAAGUUGUAUUUGCCCUCUGAUCGUUGUUCUUGCCUCAAAAACGAUGUCUCUGUGUAAGUUUCUUAUGGCAAACGUUUGAGGUCACGAGUUGUUAUAUGAAGGUAUCACGUUUAAACUGCCUAAUUUCUUGCAGUUCUCAAAAAGAAAACAAAGGGUCACAUCAUUGGCAGGUACGAUGUAUUUCAGUUAUUGCUCCGUUUGAGCUGCAUUUCUAUUCAUUUCCUCUUUUUGUGAAAUUUCAGAACCAGUUAUCCCGCCCUGCCUCUGGGCCAACGAGACUGUCAGUGAGAACUCCACCUUGCAAUGGAUUCAUGGGUAAACGUUAUUUCUUUUUUCAAUUUUGUAGCUUCCUUUCCUGUCUAAAAGAUCUUGUUCAAACCCUCUAUGUUCCGCCAGUGAUGUUAAAAGUUAAGCCAGGCUCUCUCAAUGAAGCCAGAUAUACUUAUGUUUUGAUGUGAUUCAGGUUAUUCUUUUCUUUUCUAUUCAGAAAAAUUAAACCAAAACAUAUCUUUAAUUAUACCAUAAAUUGUUAUGCUAUUUGCAGGUACUGUUCGAGGAACUCCAUCCCCAAACAAGCAGGUUUUAUCCCGUCCAGGAUCCGCUGGAGGGACACCAGGAACUGUUUUAAGGUAUCUCAAACUUACAUCUAUGUAUUUUGAGCCAAGAGUUUACUUCAUACUUACUACCGUAUAUUUGGACUGUCUGAUUCAACAUAGGAAUGUAGUAGGCUUUCGAACCGUGACUUCAAUCCUAUAACUUUUCUUUCCCCUUGUGAUUAUUUUUCAUGUCCACAGGAACAAUCUUCAAGGAAGACACCUCAUAAGGACAGCGAACACUCCUGGGAGUUAUGAAGCGGCCACGCCAUCAGGUCUAGGGGCAACCGGGGUUACUUGUUCCCCCAUGGCGAUGUCAUCACCUAUCUUAACAACAAGGUCACUAGAAUCGGUUAUAGGCGUAGUAAUUUUGCAACAUUUGGUUUCUUGCACUCAUGGAUGAUGCGACGAUCAAGGAAUGAAAUUCAAACGAUUGAAAAUGAGUAAAGUUUGCGAAGUAAUAAAAAAAGCACGCACCUAUAGUUUCUACAACAAGAGAAACUAUCAGAAUACUUCAAAAUACCAGAUUUAUGUAAAAAAGGAUCUUUAUGCAGAAUACCUAAGGUUAACAAUGUGAUGACAAGGACUUGAAGAAUCUCUGUGAUUAACCCUUUUCGUGGCUAUGAAAAUUCCAGGAUCACUAUUAACCCUCAGCUUUUUUUAUGGCUUAUUUUCAAAAUAACAAAGAUCACUGACAUCGAUCAAAACAGUUGGUCAUGACUCCAAUUUAGUGAGGCUUUCCCUAGAAGCUCUAAUUAAUGACUACGCAACUUGCUAAAAAUUUAACCCUAAGCCUCAUUGCACACUACAUUCUUUAGAAUCUUUGUCGUCCUCUUAACAUGUACAUAUUCUUUUGAUCUCAGUGGUCCGCUCCCUAACCCUUUCACUCCCGAGAUCUCACGGGUAAUUCUAUUGCUGUCUGCCAUAUAAUUCUAAUAAUGUUAGUUCUGAGGAAUUACUACUGGAGAAAAUGAUAAUCUGCUAAUUAAUAUUUUUCUAUUUUCUCGUCACUUGUUUGCUUGACAUUGUAAGAAUUCUGUCUUGGCCAUCCAUGAGAGUUAAAGGGUUAAAAGAGAAGCAGGGGGUGGGGUGGGUGGGUUGAAUUGGUUAUGCGGACGUUAACAUACAUACUGCAUGUAAAGCCUAUUUGAAUCUCCUAUUUUUUCUCUACCAUUCAAAUUGCUCUCACAUGUAUACGCUUUUUUACGUAUUUCAGAUCUACUACAACGAGCAAUAAUAGGAUAAGCAACAGAUCACAGUAUACAACUCCCUCUUCGUCUCAAGCUUCAUCACAAAGUAAUAUUUCGACUCAACAACCCGAGCGCUGCAGCCGUAAGUAGAAUGUGACCCUCCGGUUAGUUUGCGUGAAAGUGUUACUGGAUCUUUACAAAAAAUUACCAGAGAAUUUUAAAUGAUAAUGACUUUUUUCAGCAGAAGAGGAUGAAAUUUCCACACCCCCAAGUCAACUGGACCCUUCAAGGCGACAAAUACAGGUUUCGUUUGUGUGCCUUACCUUGACCUCUAUUCUUCUUUGGAACUUGAAUUAGUCAUUUCGUUGUUUAAACUUUUUGUUUGUUUUGUUUUCUUUCCAACAGCUGAGAUACCAGCCAAGAUCAGCGAUAAUAAACAAACAACCUUUCCUGUAAGUGUUCAUUCUUGA